AUGGUAAACAGAUCAGACCGCCCCGGCGGCCUCGAGUUCCGCUCGCAAUCCUUCGACCCGCCCUCCAACGCCAGCAUGAGCAGCCUCUCGCUGCACGACCUUCCCAGCCCUCGCGCCGGCGAGGUGCCGCCUGCGCUUUCCCCUCUGGAUGCCCUCGCCCUGCAGGGACGCCUCCUGGCAAAGAGAUUUGAACAGGAGGAGAGGGCUGGCCGUCGCAUCAGUCGACUGGCACCACUCACCAUCCAGAAUGAAUUCGGCAACCGCGCUGGCUACUUCUCUUCGCUCUCGAAUUCCACCGUUACCUCGCCCAACGAGGAGCUCCUACCUCCCCCGGUUAGCCCAGGUCAGCGACCUCAGAACUCCCCGCGAGCGCAGACCUCGACCGACAAGCACAAGUCGUUGUACCCCAUGUUCGGUGGUGACGAUGAAAUGCUCAACGAACCGCCGAUGCCCUACAGGAAUGUCCUUUCUCCCAUUGGUGAGCAGGCCGCGCCUGCUCCUCCGGCCCCUCCGCAGGGCUACUUCGACAUCCCGAGAUCCACGUCCCCGGAGCCUGCAAUCGGACUGCAGGAGGCCACGCCAGUAUCCGCCAAUAUGGCUCGGUCCAAUUCGCACGCCCUCAAGCAGGCUAUGAAGAGACAGCAACCUCGCGAUGCGCCCCACAGGCAGCAGUCGAGCUCUAGCCUACGCCCACCGAGGUCACCUGGUUCGCAAAGGGCCCGCUCUCCUAGAAUGUCCCCGACCGUCAGGUCCGUCCACAACGACAGUGCGGACGAGGUCGAAGACAUGUCGCUUGGUGGCUCUUACGAUUCUCUCCACAGGAACCUGUCUCCUAGCUCCAGCCUGUCCAGGUCUCAUUCUCCGCUGACGCCUUUCUCCAACCAUUCUAUCCCUCGCUCGCCGUCAGCAUCUUCCGAGCGGUCGAAUGCCAGUCACCAACCUCCUCGCCCGUCCUUUGCCAACUUCUCGCGGCCUAGGAGCGCCACGAGCAGACAGCCAUCGCUCGACGUACGUCCAAGCGUGGACUUACGUCCUAGCAUGGAUCGCGCGCCAUCUCGACAGGCUUCCGAUGAAAGUUCCUACAUGCGGCCAUCUUUCGAGUCCCACUCGAUCCGACAGGACUCUACGGAGAACCCGGUCUUUCCCCCCUACGCAAACGACGUCGUGCAUACUCCUGUGAGCAUGACGAGCGAGGACUGGCGUCGCUCGACUGACUACUCCAAUCCGGCUUCUACGUACACUUAUUCCAAGUUUGACCUCCCGCGAGGCCGAAAGCUGGAUCGCAAGUCUAUCGGAAUCGAAGACUUUUUGAACAGCCAGAUUGGCUGGGAACAGCCCAAGAAGCCCGCGGGAGCACGGCCGCCUUCGCCAGUAUCACCGCCUCGUUCCGCCAGCAAACAGCGUCCCUCGAUCGAAACGCGCAGCACUUCGACGGAACGCGGCGCGCCAUCGCUCACUUCCAGCAACAGCACCAUCCGUGGAACCACCGGCACUGGAUCUGACCAGAUCACGGCACAGGAACAUUGCGACAAGGGCGUCGAGCUGCACGAGGCUGGUGAGUUCAUGAAGUCUACCUACCACUUCCGUCUUGCUGCCCGCGCAGGACUCGCCGAGGCCAUGUUCUGGUAUGGCCUUGCAUGCCGUCACGGCUGGGGUAUGCGCGAGAACAAAGCCGAAGCGUUCCAGUGGCUUCGUCGUGCUGUCGACUCCGGCCAGCUUGAGGUUGCCGAAGAUGAAGAUCAGACCAAGCAUGGCCACAACCCCGAUUUGGUUAAGAAGAAGCAGCACAAAGCACAGUAUGGCAUUGCCAUCUACGAGCUUGGGAAGUGUUACAUGAACGGUUGGGGCGCCAAGCAGGACAAGGGUCUUGCCGUUCGCUGCUAUGAGAUCGCCGGUAACUGGGGAGAUGCUGAUGCCUUGGUCGAGGCUGGCUAUUGCUACGCAGAAGGUGUAGGCUGCCGCAAGGACAUGAAGAAGGCAGCCAAGUUCUACCGCGCUGCUGAGGCCAAGGGCGUCAGCAUGGUUGGCAACAGCUGGAUCUACAAGGACAAAUACAUGGACGAUGGCACCGCCACCUCAGACACCCGGUCGAUCCGCUCCGGUCGUUCUGAAAAGAAGGGCCCUGGCUCUGCGAAGAAACCUCGCGAAAAGAGCCGCACGCGGACAAUGUUCGGCCGCAAGAAGAGCUUCGCCGCCUGA